CUGAGUAUGGGUCAGAGCCACAAGUUGCUCGACGACCCUGCAGAUAGAGAUGAUCUAAGCCGCAACAGCCAUGGUGAUGUGGAUUGUACCGAGCUCGAUGAGGCGAUUCUUCGCGUGCGCUCGACCACAGUAUCAAAUAUAUUCGACAUGUCAAAUCCAAUGUACCACUUUUCGGCAGUGACCAACGUCGACUCGUCGUGCGCGCAUGGGCCAUCAGCCCCACGUCCAUAUCGAGCUACAGCAUGCUGUCGAGGAACGGAUCGAUGUCGAUGCUGGUGACAAACACCAACGGCAACGGCAACGGCAACGUAAUGGCAGCAGCAACCACGCAACUAGCAGCCCACUAAGCCUGCCUCUGAUCACCAACCCAAUCCACCAGACGACCAGCCUCGACAAUUAUUUUGGAAUCCCAAUGGACAGACAGAGACAGCGGGAUCCGAUAGGCGGCGCACUAGGAAUGCCCGCGCGGCGCUUCUCCGAGUACACGCUUGAGACAGGACCCUCGCUCUCUUUUGCGCCGCAUCCCUUAGGCCAAAAGUAUGCAAGCGACACGGAAAAUUGUAAUGCUGGUAGCAACGAUGCGCGUGUCAGCGGCAUGCUGGGCAAAAGCAGUGACCGUCUUGCUCUCGCUCCCCCAGUCUCGGCUAUAGCUCUAGCUAUUGCUGGUGACGACGUUGAUGAUGCCGGUGGCGGUGACAGCAGCAGCAUCAAUUCGGCGUUCCAGCCGAUAAAGGCCCAGAGCACUAAAGUUUUCGGUUCUUGGCGUGACUCGUUUGACCAUCAGCUAUCAUCAUGCACGAGGAGGACGGCUUGUCAGCCAACGGCCGGGCCCAGAUACAGCCUGGACAACAGUGUACUGAUGCACACUAUGAGCUUCGCUAGCGGCGCGCCAAAAUCUGCAACUCAGUCUCCAACUCGCAUUAUGCGGCAGCGCAUGGCAGUGGGGCAAAGGAAGCAGCCUGUUUUCGGUCAAUGGAGCUUUGUCGGCGUCCCCGGUAAACGGAAUUCGCAAAUCUAGCGCUGAUCACCUGACCGGCGCUGCCACUGAUGCGCCGUAUUUUCCACUGCGCGUCCAGUCAUUGAAGGACUUGCGCUGCCCGUCCAUCGAUCCUAGAAGCGGCCAUGCAUGUGGGCCAAAUGGUGUCGACGAGAAAGCCGUCAACGCGGCUUUCGAGCGUAGCGCCAGCGUCCAGAACUCGGCGGCGUUCAGCCAUUUCUCGAGUGUGUCGGAGAUCCACAGGCGGCACUCGCUCAACAGCACGGGCCUGUUCAUGCCGACGCCGGCAAACUCGCGAG